UUCGCCGUUAUAAUUUGGGACUCUUGGAACGGAUGCUAACGUUUUGUUGGCUUCUAGUUUUCGUUUAUUGUACAUUUUAUUAAUAUCCACAAGUCAAAGAUUCAAAUGUGUGAUAUCUCUCGCUUGUACUUUAACGAGCUGGAAAGGAAACGGUCAUAUCCGAGCUGCUUGGUAACGGAUCAACUGCUUGACGACGACGACGCCAGGGCAUUUAAAUCUCAGCCUGUCCGCCGACGUAGCAGUUUUUGAGGUAACUCACUGGAUCUUAUUCGAUUGGUUCUUCCAGAAGAGCGCCUAACGUUUCUCUGAGUGGAGUUCACGUGUGUUCCUGGUGCUCUGUGCCCGUCCUAAACGGUAACCCGCUUCGGUGAGAACCGUGACCCCCGUCACCAUGCCUCGUCCUGGGCUGCGAUGUCUGACUCCCUCAGUGAUGCCGAAGUGAACCAGGCUCCCACCACGGAGCUCAAACGUCCCUUAGCCCAUGACUCCCUCGGUGGUGCCGAAGUGAAUCAGGCUCCCACCACGGAGGAGAGACCUCCCUUAGCCCAUGACUCCCUCGGUAGUGCCGAAGUGAACAAUGCUUCCACCACGGAGGAGAGACCUCCCUUAGCCCAGAAGGCUCUGGCGGAGGGUUACGCCCGACUCCGGUACCGGGACACCUCGCUGCUGAUCUGGCAGCAGCAGCAGACGGAGCUGGAGGGCGGCCCUCCGGCCAACUACCUGAGCCGCAGUCAGUCCGCCUGGUACAGCAGCCACGGGAACCAGGCCGUGGUGGUCCGCGACAGGAAAACCUUAGGGAACGGGGUCGUUCCCACGGAGGGCAGCAGGUCCAAGAUCUGUCUCAUCAUGUAGUCUAACAUGCCCAGGACGAUGCCGAUCUUUCCAACCUAUCAAUUAUUCAGAAGCCUGGUGUUUGUGGAUGUACUCGUAUUCAUGAACUUCGAGGAUGGGGUGGCGGAAACAGUCGUCAGAUCGAGAAGACACCUGUCCCGGGCCGGUUGUCAUGGUAACAAUAACACGCGGCAGCGGCAGUCAAUCAGGCUGAAGAUUUAUAUAGGAUCCACCUUUCAUUUAACACGUCGCAAAGCUCUACUAGUAUUAAUCAAACACCACCUUUCAUGGUGCGACUGUCGAUGGCGGUUGAAUAUGAAUUCUCCAAUAAAUUAAUUUAUUCAUGUGAUCUUCGUAAUCAAAACCAUUUGUUUUUAUGUGUGCAAAAGGGAGCGAGACUGUGGUAGGUUUAUGUGUUUAUUUAUGAAAACAAAGAAACUCAGAAAAUAAGGAUCCCAUAUAAGUAAUUACAUCAAAUAUUGGACUAGUUGGUUUUGCGUGUCUGUCUCUACUCUAGCGAGCGGAGCGUCCCUCUAAGCGUACGGCUACUUUACAGUGCUCAAAACAGACAGAAGAAACGUACAGCCGGAGUGCAUGCAAAUACACAAAACUUUUUUUCAGCUUUCUUAUUAAAAUACAAAAAUUAGCUAUUAUCAUAGUCAUCGCUCGACCGACCAUCAACUAAAAACAAAGGUGAAUAUGCAGGGAAGGGACUUUUUUUUUUAAAGGGGGAGAGGAUGGGGUGUUAGUGUCUGCACGUGUCUGGCAAGUCUGAUGACAGCCCAUAAUAAUCCUGACCAGCUCUGGUUUCCACAACAACACAGGACAGAGCAUCCACAGAUUCCCUCUUACACAGAGGUCAAAGGGUAACCCAAGGACUUCUAGCCCCAACACAAAGACAUACAGGCCGAGGGUGGUAGAGAUGAGAUGAUUUGAUCGGCUAGCACUGCAUCGAUGCAGGAAACAGGAGGGAGUUGUGGGUAAUGCAGACCAAAUCCGAGGCAGCUCACUGUUUCCAUGACAGCAGAUACAAGGGGCAAUGUGUGGGCCUUGGAAAAAAUCAUAGCCUAGCCCGACUGCACGCAUACCAACCAAACACACACACAUACACAACCUGUGUUGCACGGGCACAGCUCUGCCAAUAAGAGCAGUUUAUUUCCAACAAGCUGAAAUUGCGAUGCGGCCUUGGUGAGGCACACACACACACACACGUGCCCCCAAGAGGAUUCUGAUGAAGGCGCUCCCGAGGACCCCGCCGUCGUGUGGAGGAGCCGCGAGGAGGCCUGCGGGACGGGCGUAGGAAGGAGGACAGGGGGUGCGGACACACCCCUUCCUGUGAUGUUGCCACCCUGUGGUGAGUCUGUUUGCUCAUGUGACAACCUACUGCUGGCUCUGGAAUGUUUUCAGAGGUCUGGGCAGGCCAUCCCAGUAGGAGAGAGGAAGAAAAAAAAAAUCUUGGUUUCCACAGCAACAAGGUUCAGUGUUCCUCGAAGGGCAAUUCAUGAUGGGAAGAAAAAAUAACAAAAAGGAAAGACCACCACCCCCACCCCCCCUUUCCCUCAGUCAGACAGUCAGUCAACAGGUCGGUAGGUCAUGUCGCAUCGAGGAGAGCUCCUUCCUCUAUGUCCGUCUUUCUCGCUCUGUCCUGCACGUCUGGUCGGGUGUGUCCGUCUGUCUGUCUGUCUAGGUUUCAAUAAAAGACACUAGGAACUAAAAACAGCUCAGCCUAUUUACACAGUCUCCCAAUCUGGCCACAUAUGUAUUUGUGUGUCUGCAUAUCUGCAUGUGUCUGUGUGUGCGUGUUAAUAUAUAUAUAUGUAUUUCUGUAUGUGUGUGGUCUUUUUACAGUAUAAAACUUAGCAUUAGAAUGCACGUGUGGGUGUGUGUGUGUGUGUUUGAUUUGUGUGUGCUUUCAGUCAGAGUCUGAGGAAGAGGAGGUGCCUGUCGAGGAGCUGUCAUCCGAGGACGAAGAGGAGCUGCCACUCAAACGGCUAGCCCCGCCCCCCGAUGCCCCGCCCCCAGCUGCCUUCUCUGAAAGAGAGGGAGAAACAGAAGCAGUGUCAAUACAACCAUACCGUGUUGACUAGGAUCUGUUAGGGAUGGGCAUUUCAAAUAAUAAUACUAAUUAUUAAUAAUAAUACUAUUUCGCAAAGAAUAAUUAUUAAGCAUCAAAUUUUUACUUUCAUGAUAGAGUAAUGAAAUAAGACUGAUUGAUUUCAUCAAAAUACAUCCACGCUACUCUUUCUAGUUGCCAUAUUUAUCUACUGAUGCAAACCUCCAUAACAACCGCCUACCAAAACAUUUUUUGGGGAUUUUACUAUAUUGGAGCUUUUGGGCAACGAAUAGUGCCGUCCAAAUUCAGUACUUGGGUAUUGAUCCACAUUCCUAGGAUUUACACACACACACACACCCCAACACACACAUACGAGGAGGCCCUUACGCAGUAGCUUCUUCUGCUUGCGCUGCAGACAGGACUUGACGUAGCGCUCCAGCUCUCGGAGCGUCGACGGCUUGAGCGUCUCGAAGUCGAUCUCGAUCUCGUCGGGGUUUGAGUCCCGCAGCGAGGGCUCUCUGGACUGGAUGAUGUGCACCACGCGGCCCAGCUUCUCCCCAGGAAGACGGUUGAUGUCCAAGCUCAGCUGUCGCUUCUCGUCGUAGGACAUGGGCAGCGAUGGCUCCUCCCCCUCCUCUCCAUUGGCUGGGCCGCCCGCCUUGGACCCCUUCUUGGGUUGCCUUGAGGGAGGGAUUCUCAUUGGUCAGAUGCUGAAGGCGCUCAAUACAACAGUAGAGGAGAGUCUGCAUUCAUCGUUUCUCGGAAGGUGCUCAUACCUGGUGGCAGUCACCGUGCUGUUGGCUUUCCUGGUCGGAGCUUUCUUCUGAUUGGCUGGUUUGGCCUGCUGGGCGGCGGCCUUGGGUUUCUUCUCCUCUUCUGGCUUUCCCUUGUUCACCUUAUCCUUCUCUUUCUUCUUGUCUUUGUCCUUCUUCUCUUUCUUCUUCUUUGGUUUGCUGACGGGAGCUUGGGACAGGACGGCGAGCUGCUCGUGGACUGCCUUUAACUGAAAGGAAAUCAGAGAAACACAAACACCAACCAACCCUUUAACGGCAUACCCUUUAGCAACACUCCCUGAGCUAGCUGCAUCCACUCCCUCCUGCUCACCAACUGCCUGG